UUUUAGGCGGUUUUGAGGGAAACCUUUAAAUGGAGCAACAGGGCAGGUCAAAGCUGGUUUUUGAGUUAACAUUUGCUUUGACCAUUUUGUAGCUUUACUGUAACCCAAACAAAGACCUUAUACAUAUGUGUUUACAUUUACAAAAAUCAUUCAUCUUUGAUAAUUUCUGUUUGAAAUGAGUGAAGACAAUGACUCGACCGAAACAACUAUAAAAGUGAAAUUGGGUGAUGAAGACUAUCAUGACAUUGUCAUUGACUGGACAGAUGAUAGCUGUGAAUAUAAACAACAACUUUUGUUUCGAAAGCUGGCAGAGUUCACUGGAAUACCCAGUAAACACAUAUUCAACAGUUACAUUCACAAAGAGGAUUUCCCUUUCUGGUUAGAGAAUACAGAUUAUGAAUACAGAUAUGAUACAAGUCCCGUUACAAAUGAAACUCUCAUGACUAACUUUAAAGAAGGCGAUUGCUUUGCUAUUCGUACGAGAAUGUUUAUGAACGAUGAACGCGAUGAUCUUUUCUCUAUUUCUGUUGAUUUGAUUUCUUCGAGACAUUUCCAUCCAACCGAGUGUAGACACUUCUGGUGUCCACAUAAGGAUACAAGAGGUUUGCUCAAUAAGAGGAGAGAAAUGAUUUUAAACUCUGGUUUACAGGCAAAAAUCAAAGCUGCUCUUCCAGAGAGAAGGUAUUCUUUCGAAGGCGAUGAAUGGGUCAAAACUUUAGUCAAUUUCAAUAUCAGACAAUAUUAUGGUUCAUGUUGUUCUCGCAAUGUAACAAUAAAUACCAAACACACUCGCGAUUAUUUACCGCAUCGAGGAUAAGAGAUGUCGACUGGAUUGUGGUUUAGCUUUUAUUUGUAAAAUUAUUUUCACUGUU